GUGGACGUGAACAAUGAUGUUUCUCUGCACCUGUGACCAACCCCCUCCUUCCCCAUUCGCCACACCGACAUACACAUUAGAGAAGGAGGACGCUAGAACCAUUGGGUGGAGCAGUGUCGCGUGCUGCGGAUAUUCGGUAGGUCGUUAACGAGCGUGGUUUGUUGCGGAUGCAAGUCGGUGAGUGCGCGGACAUGGAAAUGAAGAAGUGGAGCUGGUGUGUGUGAAAGACAGCGGAGGGGCUCGACACAGGCGGUUGGACAUGGACGAUUCAGAGCCCGCAGAGGACGGUCUGCUCGCGAGCUGGCGGUGGAACCGGAGCGCACGGGACCAGGCUCAAUUGAAACACAAGAUUCGGGAUCUACCGGGACUUCUGAAGCACGGGCUGCACCUGCGAAAGAAGAGCCAGUCACCUGAUACCAUCCCUGGACCCAGCUCUGUACCAACUGUACACAAGUCCUGUUCACAGAGUUUCCCUUGUGCUGGCCGAGCGGUGCGGAAUGCUUUCCUGUCUCAUGGACCGUACCCUGCUAAAGACAAGAUUCACCUGGCGAGGAUCAUUAGACGGAGCUAUGUGGGGGUUGAACUGGUGCAGUGGUUGUGUGAGCAGUGUGUGUACGUGCGCUGCCGGACAAUGGGCGUGCGCGUCUGGCAAGUACUCCUGGAGCUGGGGAUCCUGCUGUCGGUGGACCAGAGAGUGGUGUUCGCAGACUCCAACUCCUACUACCAGUUCAGCUUCGAGGAGUGUGAAUCUGCUUCCUGUGAGUUCCGCAGCGAGGGGGAGUGGCAGGAGGCAGUUAGGCUCCUCCUCCAGCUCGCCCCCUACGUCCAGUUCCGCUCCGGAGGCGGGGCCAACAACCAGGCAGAGGAGGACUCAGAGGGCAACAGAGACAUUUGCAGCGAAAUGCUCCAGAUGAAAGCCCUGGAACGCCUCACAUCCACGGUUCAGAGUGAGCUGGCUGCAGCGCUGGCCCGGAAGGCCCGCAAGAGCAUGGCGGAGCAGGACAUUGCCGAGCCUGCAGAGACCCCCAUCAGCAAGAACACGCCUCUGGUGAGGGGACCGCCACGUGUGGUGAUGACGUGGGACUGUGGGCUGAGGUACCUGUUCUGCCUGCCCCCCGGGGUGCAGCUGGGAGGGGUGUGCGCGCUGAGGGAAGCCGUGGGCCCGCUGUGCGGCCGCCAGGAGCUCACACGUCUGGAGGUGGUCCAGAGGCUGGCCAAGGACGGCUGCAGACUGCUCCAGAACCAGAACUACAAGCUGCCAGAGAGGACCCCUACUGGGGAGGCAGCAGGGAGGGUGUGUCUGAAGGAGAGAGGAAGGGAUGUCCUUGUGCUGCAGAGAGUGACAUCAUCCGCGACGUCGUCCUCCGAUCGCCCCUCCCCUACGUCGUCAGGGGGAGGAGCCAGAGAGGAGGGCGGAGACAAGAGGUAUGUGGUGGUGUCUGGAACGCCGCUGAAGAUUCUGGAACAUCUCCUGAGUGACCUGCGCUUGGAUGAGCAGAGAGGGGCACCAGAGAGCAGGGAAUCCGAGAUGCUCCUUGAUGACUUCCUGUUGACCUACCUGGUCUUCAUGUCCACCAAUGACCUCUGCCAGGCUCUACUAGGACACUAUAGCAGCAAGCGUAUCCGUGGGCAGGAAGAGGGGAAGGACGCCCUCUUCAGGAAGCGUAAGGUGCUGCAGCUGGUGUCUCACUGGAGCCGUCUAUAUAAGGACUUCCUGAAAGAGGAGGAGCAUGUGAAGAGCUUCAUGAAGGCUGACUUCUCCGUAGCUCCCUGCCAUGUUACCAUGGUAACCGGAGUUAUGAGUACUAUCAGGUGUGUGCUGGAGGAUCUGUAUGAGUUUCCCACCCUGGAAAAAGACCUAAAGGAGUUCCAGAAGCUUCUACGACGCAGACACACUGUGGACGACUGCCCUCCACAGCACAAGAGUAAGCCUCUGUUCCAGCAAUUGAGUUUGAAGGAGAACUGUCUUCAGCUCAGAAGCUCUGCGAGCGAGGCCAAGGAGGUGCUGUGCCGUGUGUGUGUGAGCAGUGACUCCUACCUGAGCGUGCACACACACCCCUCCCUGGAGGCACAGGAUCUGCUGAGGAUUGUGGGUCAGAGGAUGGAGAGACUGGAGGAGGAGAUGGUGCUGGUGGUAGCUGCACAAACUGGAGAGAAGCGAGUGUUGCAGCCCAGUGACUGUGUGUACUCUGAGUCUCUGACUCCACAGAGCAAACUGCAGGCCUGUUGGAGGGACCUCACUGAGAUCCUGGCUCCCCUGACAGACAGCGCAGAGUUGAGUCGGAGGACAGUGAGGCUGUUGGGAAUCAACACCUGGGACAUCGCUGCCUCUCUCACACACCUGGACUGGAGCCUCUUCAACUCCAUACACGAGCAAGAGCUGGUGUAUUACACUCUGAGCCGCGCUCCCGGCGGCGGCCACACGGCGGCACUGUCCAUGCUGAUGCAGCGCUGCAACGAGGUUCAGCAGUGGGUGAUGUCCGAGGUGCUGAUGUGUGUGUCGCUCAACAAACGUGUCCAGCUGCUCAAGAAGUUCAUCAAAAUCGCAGCACACUGUAAGGCCCAGAGGAACCUGAACUCGGCGUUCGCUAUCAUCAUGGGCCUCAACACCGCCGCAGUCAGUCGCCUCAACCAGACCUGGGAGAAAGUUCCUGGCAAGUUCAAGAAGCUCUUCUCUGAGCUGGAACUAAUCACAGACCCAUCCCUGAAUCACAAGGCUUACAGAGAAGCCUUCAAGAGAAUGAAGCCCCCCAAGAUCCCCUUCAUGCCUCUCCUACUGAAAGACAUCACCUUCAUCCACGAAGGAAACAAGACCUUCCACGACAACCUGGUCAACUUUGAGAAGCUGCACAUGAUCGCCGACACGGUUCGUCUGAUUCGCCACUGCCAAUCCGACCAACCAGGUAACGAGGUUGUCGGGGGUGACAGUGCGGAGGUGAGGGCGAGUGUUCACUACCUGCACAUUAUCGACAAUCAGCAGACACUCUUUGAGCUCUCGCACAAACUGGAGCCACGCGCCUGAACACGCAUACCAAACACAGAAACGCCACGUCACCCAGUGUGUGUGUGUGUGUGCGUGAAUGUGCCAACAAGAGACAGGAGAUGGAGCCAUGUACAGGAAAAUAAACACAACGCUCAACACGGGGCAAACGCAGUUACUACUGGAAAAACCAGAUCACCCCCGCUGGUGGAAAUAGAGAACUGCACUUGUUUGUGUCGGCUGUGCGAUGAAGGGAGCCAAUCAUGACCCCCGGCCACUCGACUAUGACAGUAUAGCCUAUCCAAGAGGACGCAUCUGACAGAUUCAUAACCCCCACGUCUGGGGUUAGAAAGGACUUAGAAGCCGCUUACACACUCUGCCAAAUGUGCACAAACCAUUAAGCUCUGAUUUAGCCAAACUCGCCAUUUGGGUGGAGUUUGUACAGUGUGUUACUUUGAUGUUUCCGUGCAACGACAACAAAAACUACUGUGUUUCUCCCGUUGUAUUUAAGAGUCUCUUCCACGGAUGGAAUUUACCCUGGACCUAGUUCCUUGCCAAUUUCCCGGUCGCCAUUUCAGGGUUCCGGUUAUAUGUUUACUUUUAUGGUAGAAUCUCACCCCACACCAGUGCACUUGAACCUUCUCUGUGCUAUGAUUCUGUAAUGUAAAUAGAUUUACAUUGUAUCGGUGUGCAAGCCAUUGGUGAACCAUUUUCCUGUAUGUUUCAGUGCUAAACAAUACAGAUCGGUUAGGGGGGGCAGGGUUUUGGCGACGCAGCACGGAGAACAAGCAGGGAAGCUCUGAGGUUAGCCACUGACCCCAGACCAGGCAUUCCUCAGAGCCUUGACAGUUGAGGUGUGGGUCCUGGUUGGGUGAUAUGACUCUGGGUCUGAGCUUAGGAUUCUGACUCUCCACAGCGGUUGGCAGGAGAGGCUUUGUCGCAGCUAGUUUCAGUGGCCAUGCCUUUUAAAUCUCUCUCACACACACACCCUCCCCCCCUCCCCCCCCCCAGCCAAUGUGAAACCCCCUGCUAUCUUAAAAUGAUAGACACAUAAAUAUCAUUUCUGGUCCCAGACCGUCUAAACAUGUUUUUUUUAGCCGGGACAUGCGGUGUCCCUCAGCAGAAUGUUCUGACCGUGACUGAUUUCAGGGUAGCGUGAUGAUACCCUGUCAACCACCAGUCCUCCGGGGGUUGCCAUGGAAACAGGGAUCAGUUUCCGAUAUUUCAUUUUUGAAAGGAUUUUUUUUUUUUUUUUUUUUUUUUAUCCCAGAAGGGAGAUGUGUUAAGAUGGUUCAUGCAGAACGGCACUGGAAUCGCCAAAGGCCUUCAUCCUAGCAACUCCCAGUCCUGUACUCCAUACUUAAGAUUACAUGGUAGGAACAGGUUUUUAAAAGAACCAGUUAUAUUGUCGACUGAAGGGAUACUGUUUCAACGCUUGUGACACAGAUUUCACUGUAUGACAUAAAAAAUACAGCCAUAUUAGAUUAUACCUAGCCAGCAAUGUUGGGGUUAUACUUCGUUUGAAACUGUCAGACCAUAGAGUGUUCGGAAGAUGUUCUGAGUUCUUAAGCGAUGCAACUCUGAGCUCAUCUUCUGAGUCGAUGGGCAACAGAAUGUCCUGCGUGCACACAACUUUAAGGAAGCCCAUUCUGUCAAUGUCAGAUGAUAUGGUUGCUGUUUACACUAUACUUGUACAAUGAUACACACACACACACAGCACUUUGAUGGUUAGCAGGGAACCACACUCCAGUGCUAUACUAGUUACUAUGACUGUAAAAUAUUUUGGUUAUUUAUGUUUUGCUAGAUAGGAAGAAUGUUUCUGGUUUGACGACGUGCCAUUUUCGACUCUUAACUGUAAUUAGAUUCUCCAGGGCAAUUGUGAUUUUGUAUCGAUAAAAUAUUGUUCGAGUUCUUACCGCUGGAAUGUAUAAGUAUUUGUCGUUCCCCUCUCUGGCCACUAGAGGUCUCCGGAGGAGAGCGAGUCAAGGUGAUGUCGAUGUUUGUUGCUGUCCUGUAACGUCAAAAGAUGGUGAAAACUAAAGAAGGGUGAAAAGGUGUUAUUGUGUUUUAAUUGCCAUAGUCAUGACGAUGUAGAGUUAUGUUGUAUGUUUGCAUGAUGUGACAAACCCCAUUGGCUCACAAUGCAAGAUGACACAGGCUUUGUAAUACUGUAAUUCCUUCGACUUAAAUACAUGCAUAUAUGUUUGAGAUGUACUUAUUUAUCUGUUUAAAAGACAAAAGGUAAACAAAAAGCAAUACGUGUCCCCAGGCCUCACCCCUUCUGCUAAAGCCACACGUCUUUUUUAAAGGAGCGUUUUCCUAUGUCAAAGUUUUACUGAAGAUGAAUAAAUUAUAAGUUUUAUGUGA